AUGAACAUUAUCAAAAAACUAAUGGAUUCAGGCAACAGACAUGAAAUAUGUGUGAUUGCAUCUGGUGAAUUUGAUUUAUUACGCUCCAAACAAUCACCCAAAGCUACUUCUGAAUGUAUUUACAAUGACAGCCUGUUAUCUAUUAGAACUAAUGGUCAAUAUUCAUAUAAUCUAGUGGUCAAGAAGGUUAUUGAUUUAACAGAUAAUGAUGAAGGAGAUGUUGAAGGUGAUGGAUACUAUUCAGAUGAUGCUACAAGCGUUCUGUCUGUUCAAUCUAAGAUCGGUGGUAAGAAGGAUGAUGAGUGGUGUUUCUCUGUUGGACCACAUUUGGAUUUUAAAAGAACAUGGUCUAACAUUGGUGCAAAUAUAUUUACUUGGAACAAUGUUUUAGGUGAUGAAAAUGAUGAAAGGGUUCAAUUUGUAAUUUCUAAUGAUGUUCCAACCAGUGAUGUAGAUCAAUUCUUACAAGUACUUUACCGUUGUUAUUAUUCUGUAGUAAAUAAGAAACCUAUUAAUUCAGCCACAGAGACAGAUAUUAAGGAUAUUGAACUUUUAUUUAAUACUAUUUUACCAAAUGAACAUACAGACAAAAAUACUACAAAAUGUUCAUCAGAUCUUCUGGACAAAUUAAACAAAUUAUCUGUUGUAAAUGACAGUAAAAGUAGAGAAGAUAAAGAAUUUGAUCACAAUUCUGAUUUUAAUUCCGAUUCAGAUAAUAGUGUUAAGAUAGAUGUGAACGAAAAAUAUGAAGACGCAAGCGAUGUUAUUAUUAAUGAAAAUAGUUGUUCAAAACAGUCAAACUCUACAAUGAAAGGCAAAGAAAUCUGUUCAUAUUUAGGUGGCUUAUAUCUCUUUGACCCUGUUCAAGAAACAUUUGUUUUACAGGAUCAUCCAACUGAAAUGUCAUUACUAGAGAUCAGCAAAUUUAAUUUUUGGCUAUCGAUAACUGGACAAGAGACUAAAUUGGGUAAUUUUGUUGCACAAGAUUUAAAUCCAACAUUUGAUGAAGAUAAGACUGGUUUCAUAUUCAAUUACGCAAUGGGAAACAUUACACUUUCAUUCAUGUUCAAAUUUGACUCCAUUAACGAUUACAAAUAUUUUAAACUUAAGUGGUCAAGUUGCUUGUGGAUGACCAUCAAUAAAGUUGAGUGGGAAGAUAUCUCUGAUAAAGAAAAACAAUAUAUAAUUAACCCAACAAUGACGUUGAUCAAGGAUUUAGAUGAAAUUCUUGGGUUUGGUGAUAGCAAUGAUAAUAGACGUGAAGAAGAAAUUAAACUUGAAGAAGAAGAAGAAAAAGACAGUGAAACUGACGAAGAAAAUGAAAGAAAUGGAACAUCUGUAUUGAUUUCUUCUGAACAGUUUGAUGAAAAUCCAACUACAAUUAAACCAUCCUCCUCUUCUAGCAACAGAUCAUUGACAGUCUCUGCUAGACAUAAUCGUUCUUAUGUUGUACGUGGUAAUAAAAUUGGAGUCUUCAAAACAGGAAGUGGGAGCGUUGAAGAAGAGGAUGAUGAUGAUGAUGGGUUAGAAUUUGUAUCUGUAAUAAAAAAUGUGACAAAUAAAAAUGGAAAAGACUUCAGCCCUGAAAAUCCAAUGAUGUAUAUGGAAGAUAGAUCAUUAAUUCUUGGUGACAACGAUAAUCUUAAUAAAUUAUAUAGAUUGGAUAUUGAGACUGGUAAAAUAGUAGAAGAAUGGAGUGCAGGGGAAAAUACUAUUGUUCAAUACGGUCCCACGAAAAAAUAUGAUCAAUUAACAUUGGAACCCACAAUAGUCGGUGUUUCCAAUAACAUGAUCUUUAAGAUGGAUCCACGUAUCCCUAAUGACAAUAAAAUUGUCCAAGAUCAAUCGAAGGCAUAUGUUACAAAAUAUAAUUUCAGUUCUAUUGGGACUACUGCUGAUGGAUAUGUGGCUGUUGGGUCUGAGAAAGGUGAUAUUAAAUUGUAUGAUCGUCUUGGUAUAAAAGCAAAGAGUGCGAUUCCAUCACUUGGUGAGCCAAUAAAAUAUAUUACCACAAGUGCAGAUGGUAAAUGGCUAUUGGCUACAUGUGAGACUGCUUUAUUACUGAUUGACUUAACAAUAAAGACAGGUAAAAAUGCAGGGAAGAUUGGGUUUUUAAAUUCGUUUCCAGCUACUGAAAAUGUUAGAACAUACAUAUUGAGAGUGAGCCCUGAGCAUGCAAGUUAUAUGAUAACAUAUACAAAGAAACCAAUUAAAUAUACACGUGCAUAUUUCAAUAUUGGAGUGGGUCAAAAGGAAAAGAAUAUUAUUACAUCUACGGGUCCAUUUGCCAUCACUUGGUCCCUGAACAAGAUCAUUCAACAGGGUAACGGUAAUAAUGUAUAUUAUAUCAAAAGAUAUGAUAGUGACAUUAUUGAUGAUAAUUUCAAAUUUGGAAGUCGUAAACGUGUUAUUGUGGCAUUAAAGGACGAUAUUUCACUAUCAAAAUUAAAAUCAUUCAAGUUACCCAAUAAAGAUGUAUUAAUGCCUAAGAAUAAUAUUAGAGAAUUUUAUGAAUAG